ACCGGAGAAAAUUACAGUGUUUAGGCUAUCAAAAUGAAGGCCUUUCUAAGAGGUAAUGGUGUGUGGGAAUCUGUCGAAGAUGGGUUUCAUCCUCCUAUGCUGCCAAACAAUCCAACUGUGGCCUUGAUGAAGCAACAUGCUGACUAUGAUCAAGCCUCAUACAAAGCCCUCACAUAUAUUCAUAGUUCUAUAACAGAUGAUAUUUUCUCAAGGAUCAUGGGAGCAGAAAUAGCACAAGAAGCUUGGGAUACUCUUAAGAAAGAGUUUGAUGGUAGUUCCCAAGUUAAAGGUAACAAGAUUGUAACCGUCAAAAGACAAUUUGAGAUGCUGAAAAUGCAGGAGACAGAAAUAGUCCAUCAAUAUACAAAUAAAUUGAUGGAUGUUGUCAACCUAAUUAGACUUCAUGGUGAGGAAUUUCCAGAUCGAGGGGUGGUGGGAAAGAUUAUUGUUAGUGUACCAAAUAAAUUUGAGUUCAAGAUUUCUACCAUAGAAGAGUCUUGUGACCUCAAAGAGCUAACCAUCCCUGAGCUCAAAAGCAAGCUUCAAGCUCAUGAGCAAAGGCUGGUUAUGAAAACUAAUGAAACUACAGAAGGAGCCUUCAUUGCAAGGCAAAAAGGCAAACAACCAACCACUACUUCUGAGAGCAAUAAGACCAUGGGUUCUAACCAAGCAUAUCAAUAGCAUCAGUAAUGCAAAAAAGGGAGGUUUCCUCCAUGAUGUCAUUGCAGAAAAACAAACCAUGAAGAAAAAGAUUGUUGGUUCAAAGGCAAAUCAUAGAUUCAGUGUAGAUUUUGUAAUAAGUACGGCCAUAUUGA